GGUGGGAGGGGGCAUUCUGGGGAAAAGCGGGGGGCGCCCACCCUAACUCUGGAAGCCCGGCCCUGAAGACGCCGGGGGCAGAAGGGAGGGGAGAUGACCUCAGCCAUCUCUGCCCAUUCCAGCCAAUCAGCUCGCACCCUGGCAUCCGAAUCCAGGACCCCCGAAGCCAGAGGCGACGCGAGCCAAUGAGGAGUGGGCCGGGCGAGAUGGACGGGCGGCCAGCCUAUGGGGGCGAAGAGGCCCGGCUGCGCGUCUCCAAGGAGCGCCUGGCCCCGGUCGGGGGUGUGGCGCGGCGCCGGCGGGGGUGGGCGGGCGCGCCGGGCGGCAGGUGUCGGCGGCGUCUGCAUUCGGCGGCGAUGGAGUGGCCCCGGCGAGCUGCGGAUGGCCUCUCGCGCUGGCCCCGCGGCCUCGGCCUCUUCCUCCUCCUCCUCCAGCUGCGGCCGCGGCCAGGCCUCGGUCAGGACCGGCUGGACGCGCCGCCGCCCCCCGCCGCGCCGCUGUCCCGCUGGUCCGGCCCCGUCGGGGUGAGCUGGGGGCUGCGCGCCGCUGCGCCCGAGGGCCCGGUCCCCGGCGGCGGCCGCUGGCGCCGCAGCGCACCCGGCGAGGACGAGGACUGCGGCGGGGUACUGGACUUCGCGGCCAGGCUGGCCAACAACACGCACCAGCAUGUGUUUGAUGACCUCAGUGGAUCAGUGUCCUUGUCUUGGGUUGGAGAUAGUACUGGGGUUAUUCUAGUUUUGACUACCUUCCAUGUACCACUGGUAAUUAUGGCCUUUGGACAGUCCAAGUUAUAUCGAAGUGAGGACUAUGGGAAGACUUUUAAGGAUAUUACAAACCUCAUCAAUAAUACUUUCAUUCGGACUGAAUUUGGCAUGGCUAUUGGCCCUGAAAACUCUGGAAAGGUGAUCUUAACAGCUGAGGUUUCUGGAGGAAGUCCUGGAGGAAGAAUCUUCAGAUCAUCAGACUUUGCAAAGAACUUUGUUCAGACCAAUCUCCCAUUCCAUCCUCUGACUCAGAUGAUGUAUAGCCCUGAAAAUUCUGAUUAUCUUUUAGCUCUCAGCACAGAAAAUGGCCUGUGGGUGUCCAGGAAUUUUGGGGGAAAAUGGGAAGAAAUCCACAAAGCAGUAUGUUUGGCCAAAUGGGGACCAAAAAGUAUCAUCUUCUUUACUACCCAUGUAAAUGGCUCUUGUAAAGCUGACCUUGGUACACUGGAAUUAUGGAGAACUUCAGACUUGGGGAAAACCUUCAAAACCAUUGGUGUAAAAAUCUACUCUUUCGGUCUUGGGGGACGUUUCCUUUUUGCUUCUGUGAUGGCUGAUAAGGAUACAACAAGAAGGAUUCAUGUGUCAACAGAUCAUGGGGACACAUGGAGCAUGGCCCAGCUCCCCUCUGUGGGCCAGGAACAAUUCUAUUCUAUCCUAGCAGCUAAUGAUGACAUGGUCUUCAUGCAUGUAGAUGAACCUGGAGAUACUGGAUUUGGCACAAUUUUUACCUCGGAUGAUAGAGGAAUUGUCUAUUCAAAGUCCUUGGAUCGGCAUCUCUAUACUACCACAGGUGGAGAGACGGACUUCACCAAUGUGACCUCCCUCCGUGGAGUUUACAUAACAAGUGUUCUCUCAGAAGAUAAUUCUAUCCAGACUAUGAUCACUUUUGACCAGGGAGGAAGGUGGAAGCGCCUAAGGAAACCGGAAAACAGUGAAUGUGAUGCUACAGCAAAAAAUAAAAACGAGUGCAGCCUUCAUAUCCACGCCUCCUACAGCAUCUCCCAGAAACUAAAUGUUCCAGUGGCCCCACUAUCAGAGCCUAAUGCAGUGGGCAUAAUCAUCGCCCAUGGUAGUGUGGGGGAUGCCAUCUCAGUGAUGGUCCCAGAUGUGUACCUCUCAGAUGAUGGGGGUUACUCCUGGUUGAAGAUGCUGGAAGGACCCCACCAUUACACCAUCCUGGAUUCUGGAGGCAUCAUCGUGGCCAUUGAGCACAGCGGCCGUCCUAUCAAUGUGAUUAAGUUUUCCACAGAUGAAGGUCAGUGUUGGAAAACUUACACGUUCACCAAGGAACCCAUCUACUUUACUGGCUUAGCAUCAGAACCAGGGGCGAGGUCCAUGAACAUCAGCAUUUGGGGUUUCACAGAUUCUUUCCUGACUCGCCAGUGGGUCUCCUACACCAUCGACUUUAAAGAUAUUCUUAACAGGAACUGUGAAGAGAAGGACUAUACCAUAUGGCUGGCUCACUCCACAGACCCUGGAGAUUAUGGAGAUGGCUGCAUUUUAGGCUACAAAGAACAAUACCUACGGCUUCGCAAGUCAUCCGUCUGUCAGAAUGGUCGGGACUAUGUUGUGACCAAGCAGCCAUCCAUCUGUCCCUGCUCCUUGGAGGACUUCCUCUGUGAUUUUGGCUACUUCCGUCCAGAAAAUGAUUCUAAGUGCGUGGAACAGCCAGAACUGAAGGGCCACGACCUCGAGUUUUGUCUGUAUGGGAGAGAAGAACAGCUGACAACAAAUGGGUACCGAAAGAUCCCAGGAGACAGAUGCCAAGGUGGAGUGAAUCCAGUUCGGGAACUAAAGGACUUGAAAAAGAAAUGCACAAGCAACUUUUUUAGUCCAGAAAAGCAGAAUUCCAAGUCAAAUUCCGUUCCAAUCAUUCUGGCCACAGUGGGAUUGAUGCUGGUCACAAUCAUAGCAGGAGUGCUCAUUGUGAAGAAAUAUGUCUGCGGGGGAAGGUUCCUAGUGCAUCGAUACUCGGUGCUACAGCAGCACGCAGAAGCCAAUGGUAUGGAUGGCGUGGAGGCUUUGGACACAGCUCCCCACAGUCAUAAAAGUGGUUACCAUGAUGACUCAGAUGAGGACCUCCUGGAAUAGUUCCUCAAAGGAGCUGGGACCAAGCAUGGAAGAUGGAACCACAGUACCUCUUACACUCCCUGUGGCUCCAACUUAGGGAAAUAAAUUUCCCAUUGCGAGGGAUCCAGCUCUGUUUAUGCUGCUUCCAUCAAGCCAAAAGGAUCUACACUAAAGAAGGGGUGGGGAGAGCUAAUCACACUUAAAUUGGCUCUGUAAGAAAGGGAGGGGGGUUUUAAUUCUUUAACUUUUUAUUUUACAUGCAAAGUAUAUGGGCAUUUUUUUAUUUUAGUUCUGGUUUUUAAGGAAAAUGAAAUGGAAUGUGAACAGAAAAUUUCUUUAACACCUCUCUUGUAUGUGUUACCUGGCCUCUGCCCCAGGGUACCAGCCCGCUCCAACAUGGGUACUCAUAGAGUAUCAGGCACUGCCCCUGGGCCCUGCUGCAGCCUUUCUCCAUCUGGGCACAGCCCUGCUCCAAGAGCUUUGCACAUCAGUUCCUCACACUGAUGCCCCACUCUCUCACCCCCACCCCAGGAAUCAUAGACCACAACAACUUUUCUCCUAUUUCAUCAAACAGAACCCUCAUUAAUUGCCCUUUGGCGACUAACUUAAAUCAUAUGCUUCCAAGACACUAAAUUGGGAAAGCUUAAAGGGCAAUAUUUUUAACUUGGGGCAGGAAGAAGGGAGCUGAAGAGAAUUGACUAGCUUUAGCACCUAUUAAAGGAGAAGUUCUUGCUCCUUCCGAGGUCUCUCAAGCCAUGCUUUGCGUGUGUGCCAGUGGACUUGCUCAAGAACAGGGUCAGGGUGACCCUGGGUGUCCUGCCAGGUUAAGUGAUCUCCUAGGGCUGAUGGUGGCAUGCACAGCACAGCCCCAAAGAAUUGAUCCAUGUGGUCUUUCAUUUCUCCUGCUACCUGUUAUGUUGACUCAUUGAUAAGUUACUAGAAUGAUUGGGUUUUGUUGUUUCUUCUUAAUUUGCUCUUCUUAGGGAGCCAGGGCUGGGCAUGUUUUCAGAUUUGUAGAAUCUUUUUAAUCAGAAUUUGAUUACCAGACUUUCCUCCUUACCUGACUGUUUUCCCAAUCUUGGCCUCUUCCAUUCUGGAUACCUUGUGUUACAUUUUAAGUUUGAGGAAGUUUUCCAUUUGACAUUUUUUUCCUAAUGAAAUAAAUCAUAGAAUAUAGUCAGGUGGAGAAUUUGGGUCGCCCUUUAGUAAAGGAAAGUUGCAAUAAUUAGUUUUAAUACAGCUUGGAUUUUUGCUAUACAGGAAUGUAAGUUUUCAGUCUUAGCUUGCUACUGUGCUGGUCACAGUUUAUCCCAAUCAUGACUGGGAUAGUCUUUGGUAAUUGCCAUUUUGCUGCUAGUUUGCUUUAUGGCUGGAAAGUCAGUUAAAAAAAAAAAAGUAAAUGUGCCAAAUUGACUUUUGUCAGAACAGGUGAACAGAUGGCCAAGUUCUCUCCUCACCAGAAUGGAUUAACAGCAGUAGAAAAAGUGGGGGAGGGAGUAAAUGGAAGAUUUUAGAGACGAUGAAACUACAGUCAAAUGAGUCAGGGAGCUUCAGUUAGAAGAUAAAGUUAGGGAACAUUUUGUGAAGAGACUAUUUGCUAGAGCCAGAGUAUUAGUCUUUUAGGAAAGGCUUAUUCAUUUUGCAUGGCUUUUUAAUUUAGAUAAAACAAAUUCCAAAGAUAUACCAAGUCACAGAUAAAGUACCAGAUCUCAUCCCAUCCUUUCCUGCCCAAAAUGAAGCUGGAUGCCCAGAGAAGACCUACUUCCACCACACACUUUUGCUCCCAACAACACACCCACUGUGACAGAUGUGCCAAUAGGUAGUAGUUCUCAGAUUAAUGUUAAGAUGUAGGAAGGUCAAGCUUCUUUUCUAUGCAUAAUAGUCCUUUGCUGAUUAGGAUACCUAGGAUUCAUGAGGAACAUGACAGUCUUCCAAACACUUUCACUUGCACGAUGUCAUUUGAGCUUCACUGGCUCUUGUGACAUUUUAAGGCAUUUAAAAAGAAACAGUUGAAACCCAAUUUUUUAGGACACAGAGAUGAGUCACAAAAAUUAUGUGAAUAAGCAGAGCCAGUUGGUUGUCUUUAGAACUCUUGAAAAUGUCUUUGUAGGGCUUCUGUCUUAGUCUGUUCUUCAGGGGAGGGAGCAGUGGUGUUUCCUUCAGAGCAGUAGUUAAGCACCUUUUUGCUACCUUGGUAAACAGAAAUUCUUAAUCUUCAGUUUUUCAUGGCUGAAAACGAAAGUGAUGGCAGUUUUGAAUGUGUGUUCAGAAGCUGCCCCUCACCUCACCGAGGGUGCCUGGUCAAAUUUUCAGAAGUGGCAUCUCCACAGAGGAAUCUGUAUUCUAUAUCCCAUCCCUAGCUGGCUAACUUGGUUGGUUCUGAGGAUUGCCAACAAGCCUAGAUCAUUCCCUUUAUUGGCUAAAUAACCUGCUCAUAAGUGCAUACCCUCAGCAGAGAAAAAGACUGCUCAAUCCAUGAUAUCUUCCCAGGAAAAUAAUAGGUUUCUGGUUUGUCCUGUAAUCACAGAAGCUUUAUGUUCUAAGUGAAAGAUAGCCUAUCAUUAUGUGAACUCCCCAGCUUGCUGGUAGCAAACAAGGUUAUUUCUGGAACUUUCAUCAAUAGAAAUUAACAUUGUGAGAUAGAAGAACAUAUCAGACUAUCCAAAGUGAUCCAAGUGCUUACAUCCAGGUGGUGAAUUCACCAUCAGAAAGCUAUCUUGGACUUAAGGGGGUUUUGGUUUUCAACAAAACCAGAGGUCAGGGAUGUGUCCAUAUAGGUUGCUAAUUGAGUAGUGAUAACACUUAAGGAGAAUGAAAGUACUAGGAGGGAUGUGAGUGUUCUAGGGUAGACUGGAGAUUGAAUAGUUUUAUUCUAAGUGAGACCUAAGACGAGUUUGCCAUCUUCCUCUGUGCAGGCUUUCCAAUGUGUAUCUCACUCCUGAUUUGCCUGUGGGCCUACAUCUGCCCAAGCUCGACUUUCAGCCCUAAGAGAUCAGCAGCAAGCUGGCUACCUCUAACUCCUGUGCUGCCCUUCAUCAGUAUAUCAGGCUGGAGAGAGGAGCACAGGGUCACUCACACCUGGGCGGCAGGCUAGCCUAGCUUCAGUCCUUUCUUUCUCAGGCAAACCAUCCAGGUGGAGAGAUUCUCUUCCAGGAGAGCUCUGAGGACUCCUGCCCUAUAUGCAGUGGCUUCAAGCUCAUCCUGCGCAUAGUUGGGACAGCCCUUCAUCUUAUGUUAGGGGGGCAGGAUGCUUAGAAUUGCUAAGUUAAGAAGAGAUUCAACUUUACUACUACCUUUCCUCAAGCAGGAGGAUAAACAUGGGCUUGAAUGUCCGCUGCACCAAACCAAAGUUUUCAGACUUGCCAGGGGCUGGAAAUGAUGAGAGGACCAGAUGUCCAGCACCGACUCCCAGCAGGUGCCAGGCUCCCUCUUGUAUCAGCCACUGGUUUUCCUUGCCCAGACAGUUCUGGGAGCACCAUGGCCCUAACAGAGCCCAGGCCUUGCCCUCCUGGGGAAUAGUUGAAAGAAAAGGAGCAUGCUGAUUUCCUGGUUACUUUACAUUACAGCAGUUAGAAUCAGAGCAUUAAUUUUAAAGUGUCUUCAACUUGCCAUAUGCAUAUUUUUCACACAACAUUCUAAAACAUCUUUGUAUAAAAUAACAAACUAAUCAGUACCUUUAUAUAUAAUAUUUAUAGAUGUGUACAUAUAUACAUGUAUAAACUGUAUAGUGUACAUGUUAAUGAUUUAUCAGUACAUCCCAAAUCUUUAAAGCAGUUCUCAUCCUCCGCAUGCCCUCAACUUGUGGUCGGGUGACUUGAAUGUUUCCUGUCUGCCCACCUCCUAUGUUUGGAUGUCUAGGGAGGAGGGUUUUGGUCGUACCCUCCUCAUUCUCGUGCACAGAAAUGCUCAGGGUCCCCAUGUGCCUGUUGUUUAACUCUUUCUCUUCUCUUGUUCUCUCUUUCUGAGCAUGUUGUCUCUCCUUGUUCUGUGGUUUCUCUGCCUCCUCCCCAAGCAGUGGGACAGCUGCCUUCCAAAUAAAGUGUAAAGCAGUAUCGAAAUCAUUGCUGCAUGUGCACUAAGAAAAUAAACCCCAAGUUUUCUGUUCCCUUGGGAUCAAAAUUGCAUGUGAGGUGGGAUACUCAAGUUUCAAUGGCCCAUGUCAUUUUACACAACAAAGCCAGACCCCAUAGUAAAAUUCCACCAAAUGGAAAUGAAACUCAAACUUCUUUAGCAUUGUGUAAAUAAAUCUGGAUGUGUUUAACUUUGUACUGGUAAUUUUCUGUAUAUUUGCACUAUUUGGGUUAGAAAUAAAACAGACUGGACUUUGUUAUCUGA